GACCGGGACUGUUUUAGACGUACAUAGGUGGGACUGGCUGAUUUCUGUAGAACAGUGACAUUACUCCCCUUGACUACACAAAUAUGCUAAUGAAGAGUGAAGCAAGAGUCGGAUUUUAAGAUGACAGAUGAUAAGGAGAUUAUGCUUCAAUUUUUUUCCCCCUAUCUUUCGCCAGAUGUUCUUUAUAGCUUUAAAACACCGGUGUUAUGUCUGACCUAGGAGUUUAUCUGAGAAUAUUUUUUUUUUUUCCGGACACACAGCCAUUUUAAAGCAAGUAACGACCUAAAUCUGCGCAUCUGUCAAAGAGGAGGCAGCAGCAACAGACCAGGAGGAGAUUACGUGAUAAAGUCCGAGCAGGAUUUUAGCUCGGAGAGAAGGAGUGAGCGAGGACCGUGUGAUUGGUAUGGGUAUCACCAUGGCAGCCCCACUCCUACUCCUGUGCACUCUCUCCUCUUUCCUCUUUUUAGCUGAUGCAAUCAAGCCUAGGUUCUUUGAGCCCAGAAUCUUUGACAAGGAAGCCACUGGUUUUGGGCCCAUAUUUGAGGAAGAGCCCUUAGACACUGUGUAUGCUGAGGAUUCACCUGAAGCUAAGAUCUCCAUGAACUGCAGAGUGCGCGCUAACCCGCCAGCCACGAUCAAGUGGUGGCAUAAUAAUUGGGAGAUCAAGCUUAUGGAGCAGCCGGAUGAGCAUUACAGUUUAGUGGGUGGAAACCUGGUCAUCACCAAUCCAGACAAGGGCAAGCAUGCUGGGAAAUACGUAUGUGUGGCCAAGAACAUUUAUGGCACGGUCAUCAGCAAAGAGGCCAUUGUCAAGUUUGGAUUUCUGGACCAGUUUCCUACUGAUGAGAGAGAGGCUGUGUAUAUUAAAGAAGGACAGGGGGCUGUCCUUCUGUGUACCCCGCCCACUCGCUAUCCAACUGAUGUGAUGUACCGCUGGAUUUACAAUGAUUUCCCCAAUUUCAUUAUCCCGGACCAGAGGCGCUUCGUGUCUCAGACCACAGGGAACCUCUACAUCGCCAAAGUGGAGGUUUCCGAUAUUGGCAACUACUCAUGUUUUGUGUCUAGCCCUAGCAUUGGCAAGAGUGUGUUCAGCACCCCCAUCCCCCUGGUGCCACAAAUAGAGAAGGAAGUGAAGCGGUAUCCUGCAGACAUCAGAGUACGAUUUCCUAAGACGUAUGCUCUGGUGGGGCAGAACGUCACACUGGAGUGCUUCGCCUUGGGCAACCCUCUGCCACACGUCCGCUGGAGGAAGCUGGAUGCCGACCUGCCGCCAAACUACGAGGUGAGCAUGAAUGGUGCGCUGCUGCACCUCAUCAACGUGCAGUACGAGGAUGAGGGCAGCUAUGAGUGCGAGGCCCUCAACGUCCGCGGAAUGGACUGGUAUCGCCAGUGGCUCUAUGUGGAGGGGGCCCCAGAGUGGGCGGAGCAUAUUAACGACACCGAAAAGGACGUUGGCAGUGAGCUCACUCUGUCAUGCACCGCUGUGGGCAAGCCAUUACCAUGGAUACGCUGGCUGAAGGACGGCUACUCGUAUGGCAAGGGUGAGCUGAAAUUCUCCAGCCUUACAUUUGAAGACUCGGGCAUGUACCAGUGUGUCGCUGAGAACAACUGGGGGACUAUCUAUGCCAAUGCAGAGCUGCGGGUGGUCUCAUGUGCACCCACGUUCAUAUACAAUCCCGUGAAGAGGACCCUGUUGGGCGCCAAGAACGGCCGUGUGGUCAUCGAGUGUAAACCGCGGGCGGCACCGAAGCCUAGGUUCAUUUGGAAACGUGGCUCCCAGCUGCUCACCAACUCCUCCCGUAUGUUUAUCUGGGAUGACGGGAGUCUUGAAAUCUUGAACGUCACUAAGAACGACGAGGGCUCUUAUACGUGCUACGCCGAGAACGACCGCGGCAAGGAUAAUAGUACAGGGAUCCUUAGCAUAACCGAGGCUACUGAGAUCAUAGAUGGCCCCUCAGAUGUAGAGGUGAGCGUGGGAGGCAGUGCUGUUCUCCCAUGUUCUGCUUCAUACGACUCCAGCCUGGACAUCACCUUCAUAUGGUCAGUGGACUCCUACGUCAUCAACUUUGCCACUGAUUUCAAGCACUACGAGAAACGUAUGAAUCAAGUGAACAGAGGGGACUUGCUGAUUAAGGACAUUCAGAUCACACAUGCAGGACAAUACAUCUGCACAGCACAGACCAUCGUUGAUAACGCCACUGCAGUCGUUAACGUCUUUGUAAAAGGCAGGCCUGGUCCUCCAGGGUGGGUGCGUGUGGAGGAGGUCAGAGACACGUCAGUUAAGUUGGUAUGGAACCUGGGCUCGGAUCAUGGCAGCCCCCUCAUCCAGCAUGUCAUACAGACCCGAGACUUCUAUGCUCUAGACCCAGAGGAUUGGAAAACUGCAGUUACCUCUCCCGUGUUCUUGGAUGGGAAGACAGAGACUGCGGAGGUCACUGACCUCUAUCCAUGGAUGGAGUAUGAAUUUCGUGCGUACGCCAUCAAUGAGCUGGGAGCAGGAGAAAGCAGCCUACAUUCCCUCAAAAUCAAAACCUGGGAUGCCAUUCCCGCUAUGUCUCCCACUGAUGUCCAUGGCUACGUUGGCGUGAACGGAGAGCUCAUAGUCACCUGGACGCCCAUGAAGCCACAGUACUUCUUCGGCAAAAAGUUUGGCUAUGUGGUGAUGUUCAAGACAUACGAGGAAAAAGAGUGGCACUGGUCGACGGUAGCAGACCCAGAGGCCAGGCGCUUCGUCUACAGAGACCGCCUCAUCCCAAACACUGAGAUUGAGGUCAAAGUCAAAGGCUACAACAGCAAAGGGGAGGGGCCAUUCAGCCUGACAACAGUGCUGUUCUCAUCAGAUAGUGCCCCCAGUGAGGCACCGCUGGACGUGUACGCUCGCCAGGUGACCUCCACUGAGGCCCUGGUGUGGUGGCUGCCAGUCUAUCAGGUCCCUCCACACUGGGUGGACGGCUACCAGAUUCGCUACUGGAGAAAGUAUGAUGACAAUGAGGCAUCUGCGUCCCGCGUCCUCGUGUCCAGCUCGGUAAACAAGACCCGGUUAGAGAACAUGCGGCCCGACUCGCACUACCUGAUCGAGGUGCGAGCCUACAAUGGUGCCGGGCUGGGCCCGCCCAGCGAGCACUGCGAGAUGUUCACUCGGAGAGCACCUCCAAAUCGCCGUUUAAGAGUGUACAAAUAUGUUAGCUACGACCGCAAAUGGCUGUAUAUCUAUUGGGAUCACAUCUACAACUACUGGAACGAAUCAUAUGUGGAAGGGUAUAAGAUCUUGUACAGGAAGGAGGGAGAGCGCUAUGGGAAGGUGUACACCACAGGCAACCACUAUUUCGAUUUGCCCAUGCCAGAGACAGGUGACUACGUGGUGGAGAUCCGGCCUCGCUGUGAGGGCGGAGAUGGCCUCAUCUCGCAGAUACGGGUGCAAGGGCGAGGCUGUCUGUGCUGCCACUCUCUCAGUGCUGCCUCACUGCUGUUGCUGGCCUUGGCCUGGAUGACUGUGGGUCUCUAAAGACCCCUCUUUUCCCUAACUGGAUGGUAGAGGCGCCUGACCCUAACCCUACUGUUCAGUGUUCAGAGGUGCAAUUUGUUGACCACUUAAUGGGAUUAUUUGUAAUAACCUUCUGAUUGGCCUUAUUAAAUGUCUUCAAUCUUUUGAUUCUAUCCAUUUAAAUAUAGGCAAACUCUCCCAAUGGAAUAAUGCUAAAGCCAAGUAAUAUAAUUAAACAUCAUUAGACAUCAGAUUGCAAUGUUUAUUGUCCUUUUGGAUUAGGAACUAUAACAUCACCUGAUUAUUUAUAUUUUGCUGUUAAAUUACUCCUUUUUUAUAUAUCUUUAACCAUUUUUUGAAUAUUUAUAUUUCAUUGGUGUGUGACCAAUAUAUAUCAUAAUAUAUAUUGAUAAUAUAUUGAUACAUUUAGUGGCAAAAUGAAAACGCUUUCAGCUGUGCCUAACUUUGAACAAUGCUUUAGCUAAUUAAAAUUCUCUGAAUUUAGUUGGAAUUAAUGAAAUCAGGUCAGUGUCUGAGUGUUACUUUAGUUAUUGUCUCGAGUUCAGCAGUCCAUGAUGCAAAAUGUUGUGUUAUGUUAUGCAGCUUAUGCUGCACAGUACGCUAUGCACAUUAGAGUCUAGGCUGAGCAUCACUGUAAAAUCAUCUCUGCAUUGCAUUUGUUUAUAUUUGUUAGUAGUAUUUGAGAUGCAGUUUUCUCACCACUCACAUCUAUGACAUCGUUAUGUAUUGUACAGAAAUCCAUGUAACACAAUAAAAUUUGUAUUUUGAAUGGAA